AUGCCUCGGCGCGGCACUUCAUCACGCGGCGGUCGCGGAGGAAAGGCCGCUGGCGAGGCCGCCAGCGGGGCCGCUAAGCGGAAGCGGGACGCGUCCGAUGCGGGGAACUUGGACGGCAUCCAGGAGCGAAGGACGGACAAGCGCAGCAUGGAAGAGGGCCGCGAAUGGCAGCAUCAAUAUUACCAGGGCGUCAGCGUCAGCGACCUCUCCGGCAUGGGGUGCGGGUGGUGUAGACUCAUCACACCAGAGGUUCCGUUCCACUCCCCGUUCACUUGCAAGGGCCACAUUGAGAGCAUGUCUGGAACCGAGGGGCCUGGCAGCGGCGGGCUUCGGCUCUGUGGUCCCAAGAAUUACAUGGGUGUUAAUAAGGAUGGUAUAUUUGAUGCAGUAUUCAUGAUACCUUAUAAGCACAUCGGUAGGCAUUAUCCCCUCUCUAUUUAUGUACUACUUCUCACCACGUCACAGAGCAAGUAUUCAUAA